ACUUCACCCAUUUGUCACAGUAAUUCGUCUCCCAACGCGGUUUGUCCGUCUCUCUAGCAACCGAGAAAUAAGUUCAGCAACAAGGAAGGAGCCAGCCCAGAGUGACCGAAUGGUGAGUGAGUUAUGUGUAAGUCUUUUACAGAGUUUUAUCCUGUGCGUUCAUCUGAACUUCUUUUCUGUGGAGCACGGAGCAUCUAGUUAGCUUUAGGAGAAAACUGUAACGUGAGGCAAAAAUUUGAUUUCAUCUCGACGUUUCAGUAUCAAUCGAUGCAAGCAAAAACAUCAACAUCUCUGACAGUGUGAAGUGAGAAAAUCUGUCUGAGAAAGAUGGAGGAUGUGCAGGAGGAACUGGACUCAGUGGAGGCUGAGCUGGAGGUGGUGGAGCUGCAGAUCGCAGAACUGCUGCAGAAGCAGACCGAGUUGACUUCUCGUAAGAAUGCACUGCUGCAACAACUGGGAGAGGCCUGUGACACUGCGCCGUCUUCAUCGUCGUCAUCUUUGUCCUCUGCUUCUACCAAAUCAUCUGGAGCUAAUUCAGUAAUGAGCAAAAAGGAGAUGCAGCUCUAUGAUGGCACAGAUUUCCCAUGGUCCAAAGCAGUGGAGCAGCACCUGAAGGACUCGUUCCGUCUGUCCACUUUUAGACCACUCCAGCUCAGAGCCAUCAAUCUGACCCUGUCAGGAAAAGAUCUCUUUCUGGUUAUGCCCACAGGAAGAGGCAAGAGCCUCUGCUACCAGCUACCUGCAGUCUGCUCCAAUGGUUUUACACUGGUCAUCACUCCCUUGAUUUCUCUAAUGGAGGACCAGAUCAUGUACCUGAAGUCAAUCGAUGUGCCAGCGGUCAUGCUGAACGCAUCCAGUAGCAAGGAGCAUGCUAAGACGGUCUUGGCUGGAAUGAUGGAUCCGAAGGCUCCUUUUAAGCUCCUGUACGUGACUCCAGAGAAGAUCGCCAAAAGCAAGAUGCUCAUGUCUCGACUGGAGAAAGCCUACAAUGCAGACCUGCUGAGUCGCAUCACUGUGGACGAGGUGCACUGCUGCAGCCAGUGGGGACAUGACUUCAGACCAGAUUAUAAACUGCUGGGCAUCCUGAAGAGACAGUUCCCCAAAGUGCCGCUGAUCGGCCUCACAGCCACGGCAACCAGCAGCGUCCUCAAGGACUGCGAGAAGAUCCUGUGUGUGUCACAGCCAAUCACGCUCACCGCCUCCUUCAACAGAACCAAUCUUUACUAUGAGGUUCGUGUUAAAGAGUCUGACAUCAGUGCAUCAAUAAACGACAUCGCCUCUUUGAUCACGGACAGAUACAAGGACCAGUCAGGCAUUGUGUAUGUGUUCUCGCAGAAGGAUGCCGAGACUGUGUCCUCUGAACUCCAGAAGAGGAACAUCGUGGCUUCUCCCUACCACGCCAACAUGGAGCCCAACGACAAGUCCCACGUUCACCGCAAAUGGACCUCCAACAAAAUUAAGGUGAUCGUAGCCACUGUGGCGUUUGGCAUGGGCAUCGACAAGCCUGACGUCAGGUUCGUCAUCCACCACACCAUCAGCAAGUCGGUUGAGAACUACUACCAAGAGAGUGGACGCGCAGGAAGAGAUGGCCUCCCCGCAGACUGCAUCGUCUACUUUGGCUUCUCUGAUAUAUUCCGGAUCAGCACCAUGGUGGUGAUGGAGAAUGUUGGUCAAAAGAAGCUGCUCAAGAUGGUUGAAUACUGUCAGGCGGUUGACAGGUGUCGUCGCUCCCUCAUGGCCGUCCAUUUUGAUGAGGUGUGGGACGAUGAAGGCUGCAAUCAGACGUGCGAUACUUGCCGCUACGCAAAUGACUGCACCUCCGUGGACAUUUCCACACAUGCCAGGCAGGUGGUGCAGAUCAUGGAGCUGGCAGAGUCCAUGAAUGAGAAGCUGACUCCUCUGAAGCUGAUGGAGGCGUGGCUGGGGAAAGGCCCCGCCAAGUACAGGAAGAAUCUUCAGACCUCCACGCUGUCUCGGCUGCAGUGUGAAGCUGUCAUCGUGCGGCUGUUGCUGCAGGGAUACCUCAGAGAGGACUUCAGCUUCACUCCAUACACCACCUACUUCUACAUGAAGCUGGGCCAAAAAGCUGCUCUGCUGAAGAACCAUACUCACACACUCAGUAUGAAGAUGAGGACGACACAGAAGGAAUCUGCCAUGGACACAUCCGCUGUUAAAGCUGAUGAGACAGAGGUUGAUUUAACCUUUGAACCCGAUGUCGUGGACAACAGGUGCCCCCCACAAAUCAAACAGAAACAGUUUAAAGAACAGAGGAACUUGUCCAGGAAACGAGACCUGAAACCAGUGAGCCAGACUGAGAACACCGAACAACAGCUGCCACACGGACAUGGAGAGGAAGAGGAGAAGACGAGAUCCGUUGCAACCCAACACGUAGAGGUUGAUGUUGAAAUAAACAUAAUUGAUAAUGUAAGUGUCAGUGAGAGUCAGAAAACGCCAUCACAUCCAGCCAAAACCUGCUCCAAAAGGAAAUCCACCACACCUCAGAGAGCGAGGAGGAGUCGGCGAGCAAACGCAGCCAUGGCUGACGCCAGCGCAGCCGCGUCCUGCUCGCCGACCAGGGCCUCACUCAUCUCCGAGACUGCGGCAGAGGAACUCUGCGAGCUGAGGAACUACUACAGCAAGCAGCUGCGGAGGAUCAACUACAUUUCCCAUGAGCGCCUAGCGCAGCCUGCCGAGCCGGGUGUGCUGGCGUGUAUCAGGGAGCCUCUGAGGAGCCUCCGCCUGCCCCGCAGUGUGACCAUCGCUCAGACAGCCCGUAGCCUGUGGACACGAGUCAGCGGGAGGCGCAAACUGCUGCAACGCUGACAUCACUCUUCACCGCUGUCAUUAACACUGUGUUUUUUUAACUACAACAAAAUGUUUUCUUCAAUAAAAAAAAUGAAGAUAGGGCUGGGUGAAAGGGCCAGAAAGGAGUUUUGAGUUCAGUCUAUUAAAAUAAUUCUCAUGAUAAAAUGUGACAAUUGAAUGUUGAUUUUUUUUUUGUAUUAUUAUCAUUAUUGUUGUUAUUUUUUGUGGAGACCUGUUAAACUGAAGAAGUUUUCAGACGUGUGACAUUGUACUGAAGCAUUUCUGUAGGUGUGAUGUAGAUGCAAAUGUAAAUAACUCCUGUCUACUAGCAAAUGAUGUAUUCUUUAGUUUUCUUGCUGUUGUGCACGUGUCAAACAAUCUCCCACUGCAUUUGUUAUGCGAACAGCAAACUCCAUCACCAGUUUUUUUUAGACAUUUUUGGGUCUUGUUUGUAAAGAAAGCAUUUUACAAAUUUGAGUUAUAAAUUCAGAGGAAAGCGUUAUAUUUUUAAAUGUGUUAACACAAUGCAUAAACACACGGAAUUGUUAUAUUGCUAUCGAAUAACAUUGUAUUGCACUAAUUGUUGAAAUGAAUGCCCUAAGCCCAGCCCUAUGGUUAAGUUUAUAAUUUCACAAUAAAAAAAAUCUAUUUCA